AUGGGAUGUCAUAGCACAAAAUUAAAAAAGCAUCCAACAUUUAUUUAAAACAAUCAUGAACUAGAUAAUGAAUUUACUAUAAGUUGGAGCAAGAAGAAACUAACUAAAUCAAAAACUAAUAUCGAUCCAAAAUAGGAAAAACAGAGUUAUCGUUUAGACAAAAAUCCAAUAUACUAAAGAAGAUAACAACAGUAUACUCUAUCUGUUGCAUGA